UUUUAGACAGAUUAGUGACUGUUGUUGUAAAGGCUAUCUUUAUAGUAGGGCAGUGGAUCGCAAAUUGUCAAGAUCAAAAUCGUGGAACAUGGCAUCUAAUUUUGCUAAUACAGUGUAUAUUUCCACUAUUCCAUUUGAGGAUUUGGGAUAUUACUGUUGUCCAAUAGUAGAAUGCAAUUAUUCCACAAGAUUUGCAAAAAAGUUGUUGAGUCACUUAAAUAUAGUUCACAGCAAGGACAAAUACUUUACAAGUCCAUGUUUACACAGUCCGCAGUGUCCUCACAAAGCAGCCUUUACUUCAUAUUCUGGUUUAAGUAAACAUCUCAGAAAAUUUCACCAUUCUUUCUUUCAUGGUGUUGUGCAAGUGCAACCUGUCCAGAUAGAGAGGCAAGGAUUUGUGUGUGAAACACAGACCAUUAAUGAUAACGGUGAAACCCAUAAUGAGCAAACAGACAACUCAACUACCGGUGUGAACUCACAAAGAGAUACUAUAAAUUUACAAGAACGAUGCGUGGAAUUUGUAUUGAAGUUGUUGGCUGAACAGAAAUUGAAUCACGUAAAUGUUCAGUAUGUUACGCAUCAGUCAAAAGCUCUCAUCAGCCAUUGUGUAAAUCUGAAAAUGGCUCAAGUUCUAUCUGUCCUUGAAGAAAAUGGCAUUGAUUCUACAUGUUUGAACGAUGUCAUACAAAGCCACGAAAAUCCCUUUAUCGAACUUCAGACUCAGUAUUCACAAAACAAAUUUUUUGUGCGUCAAUUUCGGAUGAUUUUGCCUCAAACAAUAACACUUCCAGUCGGUCCUAAAGACUAUGGUCGUCAUAGAACGGGGAAAAGCCAGCACUAUAAAGAAAAGGAAUACAUCUACAUCCCCCUUUUGCUUCAAUUAGAGAAGUAUCUAAACUUCGCCGACGUAUCUGAGGCUAUAUCUAAGCCAAAGGAUAAUCUAUCUAAUAUUUAUGCACAUUUUGAGGAUGGAUUAUAUUUUCAAGGUAACAUUUUUUUCCAAAGUCAUCCCGAUGCUCUUCAACUGCUUGUUUAUAUCGACGAAUGUGGGAUGACGGGUGACAGAGGAAAUCGAUCGAAGAAAAACAAACUUGUUUUCGUUUACGGUUGUUUAGGCAAUCUGGAACGAAAACAUCGAUCCUCCUUUAAGUCAAUGUUUGUCAUUAGUAUUUUUCAUAACACAGUUAUGACACGUUUUGGCCUAAACGUAUUAUUGCGCCCCCUUGUAGAUGAUAUUAAAAAAUUAGAGUUAGGCGUAAAUAUGUCCGUUGGUGGGAAAUCUACUAUUGUGAGAGGCACCCUAGCAGCCAUCGUUGCUGAUAACCUUGCAAGCCAUCAAAUCGGGGGUUUUAAGGUUGGAUUUGGAAAGGGGUUUAGGAAGUGUAGGUUUUGUUUGGGAACUAGUGAAGAUAUAAAAAACAAAUGUUUUGAUAAUGAAUUUUUCCCGCGAACAAAAAUACAACAUGAGCAACAUUGUUCUUCGUUGCACUCAGAGGAGCUAAGAGAUCAUUUUCAGAGAACUUAUGGCAGGGACUAA